AUAUCCUCGGAUGUUGGGAUGUGGUGCCGUCUCCUAGACAAGUUAGUUGCUACAGCAGCAUCAGCGACCGACACAGACAAGAGAGAUGGAGGACUUUGAAGAUGUGGAAGAGGCUCCGCCCUCCAACGAAGAGCUGAUCCCUUGUAAAAUCUGUGGAAGGAGCUUCUUCACUAAAGUCCUGAAGAAACAUACCCCAAUCUGUCAGAAAGCAGCAGCUAAGAAGAGGAAGGUGUUUGACUCUGGCAGGCAGAGAGCUGAGGGAACAGAGAUCUCCACUAUCAAACCUAUCAAAUCUAAGUCACACACUUCUACCACCACUGCUAAGACUGUGAAACCGGAGCCUCCUAAGAAGCAGUCUAACUGGCGCAGGAAACACGAGGACUUCAUUGCCACCAUCAGAGCUGCAAAGGGCAUCACUCAGGUCAUGAAGGAUGGGGGACCCUUACCCCCUCCUCCACCACCCUCCUACGACCCAGAUUAUAUCCAGUGUCCAUUCUGCGAGCGGCGGUUCAGUGAGAAUGCAGCAGACAGACACAUGAAAUUCUGUAAGGAGCAGCACGCUCGCAUGCAGAAUAAGGCCAAGGUACCCGGGGUUGUGGACGCCAAGAAAACACCUGCACGCACACAGUUCAAGCCUCCUGCUCCUGUGAAGAAGGCUAACUCUCCUGCUGUGCCCUCUUCCUCCCGUUUACCCCAGAGAUCUGUCCUGGGCCAGCCCUCCGGGAUUUCAUCCAGUAAGGUUCCCUCUGCAGGAUCAGUGAGGAGCGCUCCGUCUGGUUACUCUCCUAAACGCAGCGCCACUUCUGGCCUCACUAGUCCACCUUCAGGUGUUGGAGGUAAGCCCCGUCCAGUAGGUUCCUAUGGCUCUGUGAAAAUCUCUCAGACAGCAGGGGGACUCAACAACAGGAAAGCCUACAACACAGACAAAUACAACUCCAGGAGCGAUGGCAAAAGUGAAAACGUGGAUAAUGUGGAUAAUGGGGAAUGUUGACAAAGUUCUGCCACGAGUGUGGAACACAGUACCCUGUAGACUGGGCCAAGUUCUGCUGUGAGUGUGGGGUCCGUAGGAUGUGUAUUUAAAGGAGGAGA